CCGACGCAUGCGCAGUGACUCCUCUGUGCGCUCUACUGUUUGCAUUGUGUCUGAACUGCCGGCGAGCUUUAAAAAUAUUAAACCCACCGCGGCAAUGUCGGGCAGGUCGGUCCGAGCGGAGACCCGGAGCAGGGCCAAAGAUGACAUCAAGAGGGUGAUGGCCGCCAUUGAGAAAGUACGAAAAUGGGAGAAGAAAUGGGUGACGGUUGGAGACACGUCCCUCCGCAUUUACAAGUGGGUGCCCGUGACCGAGCCCAAAUCAGACGACAAAAACAAGAAUAAGAAAAAGGGCAAAGAUGAAAAAUACGGCUCAGAGUUAACGACUCCAGAGAACAGCUCCUCUCCGGGGAUGAUGGACAUGCAUGAUGACAACAGCAAUCAGAGCUCGAUUGCCGACUCAUCCCCAGUAAAACAGGAAAACAGUUGUAGCACCAGCCCUGCCCCAGAGCCCACCGCCACAUCUCAACGUGAGAACAGCGAGGUGAAGACUGACCAGAGCCCAGACGGCAAGAGGGACUCUGAGAGAGCACAAAGCGCCAAAAGAGACGGUCUGUCCUCAGGAGACAAGGACUCUACAGACAGCAAAGCCACUCAGGACCUAGAGGAGGCUCCGCCCAGCAAGAAAAGUAAACUGGAGUCCUCAUCUCAGGACUUUGAGGAGAGUUAAACGUGUGGAUUCCUUUUUCCCCUCCCUCCAUUAUCUCUAGAUAAUUUAGGGCUAAUGGACACACCGGCUCUCCUGCCCCUCCUCUUACUCCCCCUCUUCUACCCAAACUUGUCAGUACCAAAGGGAGAAUGGAUGUCUCUCGCUCUCCCGCUCCCUCCCACCUCAGUGGCUGUUUCCCUCUGGUUUGCCACCUUUGUUCUGACACUCCUCUGCCACAGAGGGAGAAUGGAUAUUACCUCUAUUCACUGGCCCCCCUCCGUGCUUCCUUCACAUCCUCCACUCUUUUCCACUAAAUGCCAAGAGAAGCGCUCGACCAAGGUGCAGUGCCCUCUGCGGCCGACCCAGCCUAGCCCAGACCACACACCCUGACCUGCAUCUGUGACUCUAACGUUAACACUGGGGAUCUGAGAUUAGGUUGUUCCCAGACGCUGCUCUGAGACCGCUUUUUGAAACUGCUAACGGUUUAGCUCAGGAUACUCAAGAGGCUAACCUGGUCUCAGAUCAGUGGUGGCCGGGAAACCUCCACCCUAGCAUCACCACAUCACUUUGAUCCUCCCGAUUCACCUCCUGGUUAGAAUAAUGUUCUAUAUUUGUUUAGGAAAUGUUUAGGGUUUAUUUCUCAGGAGGGUCAAUGCACUGUUAUGGUUCGUCACAAUCGAUCACAGAUAGAUUUGCUGCUGUAGUGGAUGUCUUUUUUCUCUAUCCAUGAAAAGUUCUCAAGUCACGUGUUUUUUAAAGGUGAGUUAGUUUGUGGUUCGUAGACGAAGACGACAAUGGCGGUACCGGACACGUCUAAACUCUUGGAUAAGUAGUGAAGGCAGGCGUAGGUAGUCUAGGUCCUGAAGGUGUGCCUUGAGUUUCUAUGAUUAAAUACACAUUUAGGUCAAGCAGGUUUUGAAUUACAGUUUGGUGCCAUGUUUUGUUUUUGUUUUAUGCCUUACAAUUGUCACUAAUUAGUUUUGUCCACUAUUUAUGCUGAACUACUACUACAACAGCCAAUUUAAAGGAAUAGUCCUGUGUUUUAGGGAGCCCGUCUAAGUUUUAUCCUGAACCCAGACCAUGUGUGAGUUGAGUGGGUUUGUCAGAGGUAGCUGCCCAAUGCAGGUUAAUCCACUGCUGUUUGUCUUUUCUAUUAGAACCUAGCUGGUAUUUCUUCCUGAUCUGACACCAGUGGCAUCAUCUUGUUUAGAAUUUCCCAGAAAUGUCAGCACUAUUCCUUUGAAGCAGCUAUAGACUGGAAUUUUAACACUACUUAGAAGUAAUUUAGUUUUGCCUUCUGCAAAUAUUAAACCUCGGCAACCCUGGUUCCUGGUCUGGGUCUGCUUCAGGUGGCGCUGUGUCAUGACCUUCGAAAGCAGAAGCAGACCAGUUGCUGAUGCACGUCAUCUCCGUACAUGUUGUGUGUGUGUGUCACUACUUAUCUACGACCGACACAUUUCUGUAGCUUUCGACAGAAGGGUCCAGUCUUUUAGGUCAAACCUGGGUUCUAAUCCUCCUUCAAGGUGCUGUCUAUCGCUGAAUCCAUACACCUGUGGCAUCGAGCUCUCGGUUUUGUGCAGUUUACUUGAACUUUCUAGUACGGAUUCAGACCUGUGACCUCUAAUGUACAACCUCACGUCAGAUUUACUUUGGUUAAUCAAUACUCGUGGAUUGAAAUCAAUUGAAUCACUGCAAACCAAUCACUUCAUAACACACAAAGGGGCUAUAGAAGUACUAGAAUUACUUGAUCAGAUUUCAGCAAAUCAGCAUUCACAUGGAUGGAGAGAAAAGAAAUAAAAUCAUGACAACUGUCUCGGUUUAGAGGAUGGAUUAGCAUAUACCUCAUUCCCAGUCCAGCAGCGCUGGAACUUAAAAUGCUAUUGUAUUGACAUAACCGUUCUAAACAGCAUUAUGUACACUUCAGAAAGAUCUCACUUAUGUUGUAGCUUUCACCUGAUCGAGCCUAUUGCUUAUAGUUUGCUCAUAACUGUGUUUUUAAAAAAGAGCUGUGAGAUAUGAAAUCUUGUAUGUUUUUUUUUUCUCUUGGGACCAUUUUGUUUCACUUUAGAUCUUGUACAGAUUUAUGGUUUGGUUUGACUUAUUUAUUCCAUCAGUAGUGCUUGGUUUUUAUCAUGUCCAAUGGUUUUGUUUUCUUAAUAAAAUUCACAAAAGGUU